CAAGAUCUUUCUCUGCGAGCACGCACCUGCGCCGGCGCAGGCUCUUCUCAGUAAGCACACUUUUCAAAGGCCGCACCGCACGCGCCUCUCGAACGCGGCCGCUUGCACGUGAAAAUGAAAUCGAGUUUCUAAAUUAGAAUCAUUUUUAAAUUUAAUAUUUUUACUUAUUUCAAACGUAACUAGUGGCAGCUGUCCUUAUCUAGCAUUCUUUUUUUAAAUUAAUUUAGAAGUGAAUAAAAAAUGAUAAUGUUUUUUUUAAAUAGAGUACCCAAUGUUUUUAUCGUCGUAUCUUUAGUUUUAUUGGCCAAUGCACAAAAACAAACGAAUAAUCUGCGAGACGUCGACUUCCACGAGCUGGCGAGGCAGAAUGUAAUCACUAAGCAAAUAUUGGAGGCUUUUAUUCAGAAGAAAUUGGGACUAGCGAGCACUAAUGUUAGAGCACCUUCCAUAUUUGAUAUUCUACCAGGGAAAAAGACUGAAGAGAGGACAAUAAGAGAUUCAACAAAUCGCAGCCUAAAAAAUAUUCAUCCCCAUAUGUUAGAAGAGUCAGAUAGGCCAGAAGAUGAGGAAAUGCCAGAAGAUACAGAUAUACUAGAUGAUACAGAAAUGCCAGAUGAUUCAGGAGUGGCAGAAGAUUCAGAUUUUCCUGAAAAUUUCGAUCUACCAGAUAUAACAGUCCAAGAUUAUGGAGAAGAUGACAACUUGCAAAGCGUCGAGAGUGAACAAGUAGACUCUAUUUAUUCCGAAGGUAGGAGUAAAAAGUAUACAAGUCAGUUUAAUGAAGGCGAGUUGGAACCUUUUAAUCAAUGUUCAAGUUGCAGCAGCGAAGACGAACUAGGCGUAACGCGAUGGACAAUGCCUCUUCUGAAAUCAGGAGAGAAACGAUACUAUCUUGGAAUAUUCUUCAAGGCGAAUUGGUUCAAAGCUCAACAGUACUGCAGAUUCCACGGCAUGCAUCUGGCCUCUGUUUCGUCACAGGAAGAAAAUGACCGCCUAGAGAAAUACGUCAGGGAAUCAGGUUACGGCCGCGAACAUUUCUGGACAUCGGGUACUGACUUAGCUGAAGAAGGCAAUUUCUUCUGGAUGGCCAACGGCAGACCGCUCACAUUCGUAAACUGGAACGCUGGGGAACCGAAUAACUUCAGAUACGAGAACGGAGAAGAAGAAAACUGUUUAGAAUUAUGGAACAGAGACGAUAAGGGCUUGAAAUGGAACGACUCACCUUGCUCCUUCGAAACAUUCUUCAUUUGCGAAGUUCGGUCCGAUUAAUGUACACGUAUACAUUGCAUUACGACACGACAUUAAUAUCAUUAUGAAUGCCUUGAAUAAUCAAUGAAGGUCACAAUAUAAUGCAUUAAAAUAUCUAUAAACUUAUUCCAAUCUAUACUUACCAGUUGUAAACAUUUUAAUCUUAUUUCGGACAAUGGUUUUGUUUACGUUAUCCUUUAAAAUUUUUUCGUGUCGAUUCCAAUGUAAUGUUUUUGUUAGUUUACAAUCGCUAUGUUGUGAUAACAGACGUAAUCUUAGUGUGCUAGAUUUCAACUUCUAAUUAUGUAUUUUCGUCUUUAUUAUUUAAAAGUAAAAUAAAUUCCACUUGGAUUGGUCAGUAAAUAAAAACAAUUCGGUUGUAAAAUUCAAUAAUGUUCAAUUUAAUUGUAAUUAGAUUUUAAUACAGUUUCGGCAACAAAAUGCUAUUUAAUUUAUAUUUACUUUGAUGUUAUGUUAAAUUGAAUUGAAGUAUAAUAUAUAUAUUAUAUUAUAUUAGAAUAUAAGUUGGAAUCAAAAAAUCGUAUUUCGUUCUUAUAAAACGGUCACUGCCUAAUGAUCUUGUUAGGAUAAAAUCUCUAAACCUAGAGUUCAAUGGGACGCGAAUGUGUCCAUAGUCAAACUUAGUAGGUAAAUACAAUAGUUACCUUAGCAAUAUCUGUAUAAAUAGACGUAAGUACCAACAAUAAAUAAGAUAAAUUUUAAAA